UUUCAGUGCUGUAUAGCGCUUAAACCAGUGUGGCGUGCUGUUUAAAUUCGGAUUAAAAAUAUAUUACUAGUCGUCUGUUAAAAAUGCCCCACAAACGCAAGACUCGACUGAAUGGAAACCAAAAAAACUCGGCUUCGCGCAGGGUCCAAUUGGUCAACCAGCCAUCAGCCCCGCCACAUGCCCUCGUUGAAUCCUGCAAUGGCCAGGCAGCGGACAACGCAACGCCGGAAAGACCCAAGACCAGCAAAGGUGCCGUUUUGACCUCGACCAGUAGACCCCUAACGCUACACAAGUUCGCCGUACCGCAAUACAACACCAGCGUUCGCAAACAGGAUGAAAUAAACCUCCUUUCCCAAAUUCAGGUGGACCCGAGCCUUUCGCCGGGAGCCAAAGCAGUCAUAGCACCAAGGGUAACCCAAAAGAUGAACUUUCCGCCGAGCAAAACUGUUUUCAAGGACUUGGUGCCCCUGAAUGUCAACGAUUCUAUGCUGAUUCCGAGCAACUUUAAGGGUUCCUCUUCAAAGGAGAAGCGCACAAAGGAUACUGAUCUUAACAAGGCCAAUAUUGAACCCCAACUGGCUGACUAUGCUGAUAAUGUCGAUCCCAUUACCAUUGCCAUUCCAGAACCACAGAUUCGAAUGGAUUUUGUACAGGAACCUUUCGAUUUUCUUGGCGCCUACAAAAGGGUCUACUAUUAGAAAUACAUUUUAUUAUUAAUAUA